GUCCUUUCUUUAUCCUUUCAGCUUAAUCACCCACCACAUACAUUGAAAUUAGCCCAAUCCAUUGGAACCCACCAAAUUGACGAAUCAAACAAAUAAUGAGGCUUCUGAUCAGGUCCCACAUUCAGGGAUGAUGGACCAAGUCUUCGUUGGAUUGCCCAGUCAAAAUUUCCGACGCGUUCAGCAUUUUUCUUAUCUAGCAUUCAACUCACGCUCAAAUACCACGCCGUCUCUUUUCCCCUCCUUCCAAGCAACAUCCUCCACUCCCCAGCCCCCACCACCAUCACUCCCUUUUCCAAUAUAUAACUGCCACUCUGUGCUCUCUCCCUCCUCGCCAAAACCCCCCACUACUUCACAAUCAUCACUUCAAUCUUCUCUGCUCUUAUCAUACGCACUCACUUUUUUCUUUUUGAUCUUUAGAAUGAUUCUUCAAGACUCAAGCAUGGACUCCAAGCCAAUUAUCAUCCGAGAAGUCUGGUCUGCUAAUUUAGAAUGCGAAUUCCAACUCAUCCGCGAUCUUAUUGAUGACUUUCCUUUCAUUUCCAUGGAUACCGAAUUUCCUGGACUUAUUUUCCGCCCUUCUCUCGACCCCACAAAGCCUUACUCCCAUCAACGCCGCCCCUCUGAUCACUACAAAAUCCUUAAGUCUAACGUCGACGCUUUGAAUCUCAUCCAGGUGGGCCUCACUCUCUCUGACUCCAAUGGCAACCUCCCCGACCUCGGCACCGCAAAUCGAUUCAUUUGGGAAUUCAAUUUUCGAGAUUUCGACGUGUCUCGCGAUGCUCACUCUCCCGAGUCCAUCGACUUGCUUAGACGUCAGGGCAUUGACUUCGAGAAAAAUAAAGAAGAAGGGGUUGACUCCACUCGUUUUGCCGAAUUGAUGAUGUCUUCAGGACUCGUGUGCAAUGAUUCAGUGAGUUGGAUUACGUUUCAUAGCGCCUACGAUUUCGGGUAUUUAGUGAAGAUCUUGACACGUCGAGUUUUGCCCUGUAGUUUAUUGGAUUUUUUGAAAUUGUUAAGGGUGUUCUUCGGGAAUAGAGUUUACGACCUCAAACACAUGAUAAAGUUCUGUGAUAGCUUAUAUGGUGGUUUGGAUCGGGUGGCUCGGACACUCGACGUAAAUCGAGCUGUUGGCAAAUGCCACCAAGCCGGAUCAGACAGCUUGUUGACAUGGCACGCAUUUCAAAAGAUGAGGGAUGUCUAUUUUCUGAAAGAUGGGCCAGAAAAACAUGCUGGAGUUUUAUAUGGAUUAGAGGUGUUUUGACUUUUCAGACUUAAGUAUUCAUUUAAUUUGUUUAAAUUAUAAUUUGUAAAUUAAUAUUUUUUUAGUAAAAUUAUUUAAUAAUAAGUGAAAUAUUAAUAUAUUGUUAAGAAA